AAAUAUCGUAAUCUGAACCAUUCCGGUGUCAGCUGCGGUUCGAGUACAAUCCAAGGGACAAUGUUGAAAUCUGCGAUUUUCGCCGUUCUGUUGCCAGCAGCUGUUUUCGGCUUGGCUGUUCGACCGUGCCCUAACAAUGCCCCGGUCCCGCUGGAGGUUCGCGUCAUCGAUUGCUACGAGGAACCGUGUGUGAUUCCAAUCGGCGGAAUGGUGGACAUGGAUCUGGACUUCAUCCCGAACCGUGACAGCUCAACGGUCGACGCCGCCCUCAAUAUCUUCCUCGGAAACUUCCGCGUCCCGUACGACUUGCCGGAGGAUCAACGCAACGCUUGCAACUUCUUCGCCGGACGUGGCUGCCCGGUCAGCCAAGGCGAACAGAUCAACUACCAUCUGAGCACCCCAGCAACGGCCCCGUUUGCCGAUGUCACCGUCGACCUGGAACUGCAGCUGACUGGAGACGACGGUCAACCGCUGUUCUGCUUCCGUUCGUCCGCAAGAAUCACAGCCGCUUAGGUUUUUAAGUUCGGUUUCGAGAAUAAAGUUCAACGCCUACCGAGAUAAGUGUCUCUGCAUGUG